UAUUUUCUUUUUUCUGCAGGUAUUUUGAGGCUAGCCGUUUGACAUGUUUUGGCAACGCUUUUCAGGCCCUGGCAGAUUAGACAGCGAUGCUUCUGCGGUCCGUGCAAACCGUCCUAUCCCACCGCAGUGUGGCGUGUAUUAUUAUGAAGUGUAUGUCAAAAGCAAGGGCCAGCAAGGCUAUAUAGGAAUCGGUGUAUGUAAUCCGAUGGUGGCUCUAGACCGACUACCAGGCUGGGAGCCACAAUCAUGGGGUUAUCAUGGAGACGAUGGUAAUAGUUUCGGAGGCUGUGGAAGCGGGCGUCCGUUUGGUCCAGUAUUCACCACUGGAGACACGAUUGGAUGUGGGAUCAAUUUUAGAGACAUGUCGCUUUUUUACACAAAGAACGGCACUUUUCUUGGCGUCGCAUUUCGUGAUUUGAAGGGUCCACUGUACCCGACAGUCGGCAUGAGGACAGCAGGCGAAAUUGUAGAGGCGAACUUUGGGCAGCAAGAGUUUGUCUUCAACAUUGAAGACUACGUCAAGGACGAGAAGGUGGAAGCUUGGCAAGCACUCGAAAACUCUUUGCAAAAUGCAGUUGCGACUAAGAACCACAUUGGCACAUUAUCACAGAAUUUGAGCCAGCUCGUCCUUUCGUAUAUGGUUCACCAUGGUUACUCUGAAAGUGCUAAGCAGUUCUCGAAUGACCUGGCUCCCCAGCCAUUGAAGCGUCGGGAUUCUUCUGGGAAGAGUUCGACAUCUACAUCAGCAGAGUCGAGCAGAUAUUUGCCCGUGGUUAUCGAUACUGAAAGACGGAAAGUUAUCAGACGGGCUAUUAUGACUGGCGAGAUCGACCAGGCCAUGGACUUGCUGGAGAAGAACUAUCCAGGCAUCAUAACCAAUGAUCCAGAGAUGGUCCUUCAACUACGCUGCCGCAAGUUUGUAGAGAUGGUCCACCAAGCAUCACAUCCGCUCCACACUUUGGACCACCAGAAAAGUUGUGUCGAUAAUGGAAGUGGACUCAUCAGGCACUCUGUAGUUGACACAGAACUGAAGGACAGGAACUUUGUUGAACAUAUGGAAGUGGACCAGGACAACGCAGACACAGCUCAUGCUGGAGCCGAGAACGAGGAACUUGAGGGCCUAGGCAUGCUAAAGGAUGCAAUUCAGUAUGGCCAGUUCCUGCAGGAGCAGUACAAGGAUAAUAGGCGACAAUCUGUGCAGGAGAUGUUGAUCAAUGCAUUUGCUGUUCUGGCUUAUGCAGACGUAGAUCACUCUGGAUCGGGGCACAAUCCCGGCACAAGGCCUAUAUCGCGCGAACAGGUCGCCAACACUGUCAAUACUACUAUCCUUGCAUCACAAAACCUUCCGACGACUGCACCCCUGGAGACAUUGUAUCGGCAGACGAGCGUGGUCAUGUCAGAGCUAACGCGCUUGGGCGUAGGCGAGGCUGCGUUCUUUGACCUUGACAAAGACUGUCUAAAAUAGUGGCCAUCCAGCCUUGUUAAUAAAGCGAGCUGUACGUUUCGGAUUCAGAA